AUGAGUCAUCAGUGUGAAAACAGAGGAAAUCGGUUGAUUUGUGAUCAAAGUCAGUGUGUGGCCGAACACGAAAACUGUUGUGUCACUGAUAAAAUGGACGACUUUACAUCGCUCACUUCGUUUAAAGUCUCUAAAAUGUGUCGAAGGUGUUUUGUGAUUAUGAUUGCUGUGAAAGAAUUACCUCUGCAUAUGAACAGGGAUUUACAACGGACUAUUACGAGUGGAGAGGGGACAGAGUGGGAAGUAGCAUGUUCAGCUCUGGCCCAGAGGCUAGGUGAGGAGUUGAGGGCUGCCAAGUCUGCACAGUUAUCCUGUGGUGAAGUGUUGCUGCCACGAGAGUUGCUGCCUACAGUCGCCAGCCAGAUACUGGCCCAGUCCGUCUGCGAGCCCUGUGGUCUUAGGGGCUGCACCCUGGACAUCCAGCUAGAGACUGAGGAAGGCAGUCAGGUGAAGAUCAGCAGCAUCAAGUGGGACCCUCAGAUGAGCUCCACCUUCCUGCUGAGUCUAACGCUGAGACAAGACAAGAAACGCAAAGGGCGGCUGUCACAGCUGCUGAAGGUUUUGACCAAGAAACGAACUCAUAAUCACAAUCAACGCUGCAUUCUCAGCAAAGACUUUCUUCUACAGAAGACAAUACUUUACCGAUCCCUUGACAAAACAAGGUGAUAUCGAGAACCUCUCAACGACAACAUAGACUACUGGACUCAAACACAAGUCUGAAGGUUAACCUUUUCCAAGUUA